AUGGUCCUGUCGCGGCUCUCCCUGCCCGCCGAGCUGGCCGUGGGCACCGCCGUGCUUGGGGCGGCCUUCGUGACCGGAGUCUUCCUCGGCUCGAGGGUACCCCGAUGGCUGUGGGCUCCCCAGCAGCAGCAGCAGCGGCGGCGGCUCCUGCCCCCCGAAGACGACCCCCUGUGGCAGUACGUGCUGAGCCGCUCCAUGCGGGAGCACCCGGCGCUGCGGAGCCUUCGGAAGCUCACCCUGGAGCAGCCACAGGGGGAUUCCAUGAUGACCUGUGAGCAGGCGCAGCUGCUGGCCAACCUAGCCCGGCUCAUCAAAGCGCAGAAGGUUCUGGACAUUGGCUCCUUUACAGGCUACACCGCUCUGAGCUUGGCCCUGGCAUUGCCCUCUACUGGGCAGGUAGUAGCCUGUGAAAUUGAUGCUGCUCCCACUGAGCUGGGAAGGCCCUUCUGGAGAGAGGCAGGUGAGGAGCAGAAGAUUGACCUUCAGGUGAGGCCGGCUCUGCAGACCCUUGAUGAACUACUGGCUGAAGGGGCAGCUGGCACCUUUGACAUGGCGGUCAUUGACGCUGACAAGGAGAGUUGCAGCACCUAUUAUGAGAAGUGUCUGAAGCUUGUUCGGUCUGGUGGGAUUAUUGCUGUUAGCAAUGUCCUCUGGAAUGGGGAGGUGCUCAACAAACCACAGAAGGGAGACGUGGCUACUCAGUGUGUCCGAGAUCUCAAUGAGCGAAUCCUCAGGGAUUCCCGGGUCCAUAUCAGCCUCCUACCCCUGGGAGAUGGCCUCACUUUGGCCUUCAAGAUUUAGGGGACCCAAGCAGAGUGUCAGGAUAGGCAGACAUGAGUGGUGGCAGUGCUGUAUUUUGGGAGGGGAAGAGCUUGGGAGCUUCAGCUCAUGGACACAUUUUUAAAAGGACAAUUAAAAUGAGGUAUUGGGACCUGGGA